AUGCCUGUACGUAUGGAUGAGUACUUCCGGUUCCCAACUGGGGCAGGUAUCGGGGGCUUAACAUUAUCUGCAGCAUUUAAAGCCAUGGGAUUGGAUCAGAAGUUAGAAAUUAACAUAUAUGAAGCAUCUUCCCAAAUAUCAGAGAUUGGUGCAGGAAUAGGUUUCUGGCCACGGGCAUGGAGCAUCUUCCAAAAUCUCGGUCUGGAAGAAGAUCUCAGCAAGAUAGUGGAACGCCCCCCUAAUUUGGACAACCCCCAAACUGUAUUCCACGUCCGCAAGGCUGACCAAAGUGAGGGCCUCAACAUCAGAGAAAUCGUAUCUAUUGGUGGUACCACAUGGAUGCACAGAGCGAGCUUACAGGACGUUCUUGUGAAGAAUUCUAAUAGUCCCAUCCACCUGUCCCACCGACUUGUUUCUGUAGAUGAAAGCGACUCAGAGGUCACCCUCCACUUUGAAAAUGGUAAAAUGGCCAAAUGUGAUUUCGUCGUAGGGAUGGAUGGCAUCAAAUCAGCGGUGAGAAAGCACCUCCUCACCAAGCGUGGGCUUCCAAAAUCCCCAUCCAUGGAACCCGUUUGUUCUGGGUAUGUAACAUAUCGAGCGCUUAUCUCUAAAGAAGCCUUACGGAAGAUAUUUCCUGGGCAUCGAGCGCUUGAUACUUUUGUGAUAUACUCCGGUAAAUGGAGACACUUUGUAUCGUACCCACUCAGCGCGAAUGGGAUGAUAAAUUUUGCUGCCCUUACCGCUGACCUUUCUACAGAGGGUGCAGCGUAUGACGGGCCUACCAUUGUCCCAUGCCCGCUUGAGGAAAUCGAAGCUCUCUUCACCAAAUGGGAGGAUGAAGUGAAAGCCAUGGUUGCCCUCAUUGAGAAACCCACGAGAUGGGUCAUACGUACAGUCCCUCCAAUGGAUUGCUAUGGUCUAGGUCGUGUUGUCAUUGGUGGAGACGCGGCACACGCCACGACGCCUUUCCUGGGAAACGGAGCAGGACGUGCAGUUGAGGAUGCAUACAUCCUUGCCAACUUGUUUUCCGAAGGACUACACGGCACUGGAAAUAUAUCACUACCCAAGAUAUCUGAGAUAUACAGCGCCAUAUGUUGCCCCGCUGGGAAUCGCCUUAUUGAACAAUCAAGACGCGCAGGAAGGAUCCUUGAAAUGGUUCCCCCAGAUUUUCAAACUGCGGAAGAGGGGGAUGCUAUAAUACCACCCGAAAAGUUGUUCCAUCAUUUUGGUCUCUACGAAACGGAACUGGGGACGUUAAAGAAGGGUCAAGCCGAGGAGGACAAGGAAAGAGCAUUGCAAAUGCUGAGAGACUUGCAUUGA